AUGGGAGCGUCGUCGUCCUUUUUCAAGGCGGACAAGGCCCGAAUGACGAGGCCGGUGAACGGGCUAAUCUGCAUCUACGGAAUGCCCCUCGUGUGCGGGGUCGCGCUCUGCAACCCUAGCCUCGGCGGCGAAAUGGAGUUCAUCCCGAGCUGCCCGAUAUCUGACCCCACCUUCAAGGGAAUGAUCGUGCGCAACAUCGCGCUGGGCGUGGACUCUACGACCAAAGACGUGAAGAUUGUGCAGCUGCUCUCGUACUUCCAGUUCAGGGACGACGUGGCCACAGUGGCAGCCCAAGCCGACGUCUACACGAGAAGAACAAGGGCAUGGAGGCGGCUCGAGGGGGGCGACGUGCCGGACGCUUUCCUGAGGAGGUGCACGGUAUAUGGGGGGGAGGGAGGCUCCUCGUUCGCUCACUGGCUUCAUCGAGGGGGGGAUCUCUUGAUAUCUUUCCACAUGGACGACGAGGUCUUUUCCAGGACCCUGCUACCGGAGACGUUUAAUCACCAACUAUUCAAGACCAAGGUUUUUCCGAGGGGAGGAUCGGACGGAAGCUCGCUUGUGCUAUUGGCUUGCCCUCGUCUUGUUCAGAAAGAGGGACUGUUCCAGAGAUGGGAGUUGGUCGGUGGUUUGGGGAGCCAGGGACGGUGGACUAGGUUGUUGUCGGUUGAUAUCGGGCCCACGCCUAUGUGGGCCACCGGUUCGUUGUUACUAAUGAACAAAGACGAGGAUUUUUUCUACGAGUAUUAUUCGUCUCAUGAUUAUAGUAAUCAAGAAGAAGAAAUAAUUGGAGACGAGGUGGCGCGGAGGAGGAGGAGGACUCGUUGUCGUUAUCUCAAACUUGUCAAGUACAAGGGAAGUCUUGCUUUCUGA